AUUAGCGCUCUUGUGCCCCACAUUUCUGGUUUUUCCGAAGGUGGGCUGCACCCACACAACCAAUUCACAAUUUCGACUCGAGCGAAGAAACCCCAAAUUUCGCGACCCUUGAUUCCACGGUCUCCGUUACUAACCAAGCAGCACAUCUGUCCCGCCGUUGGCAUCGCUGCUCGUCAAGAUGGCUGUUGGAAAGAACAAGAGACUGUCCAAGGGCAAGAAGGGUCUCAAGAAGAAGGCUCAAGACCCCUUCUCCCGUAAGGACUGGUUCGCCAUCAAGGCCCCCGCGCCGUUCGCCAUCCGAGAUGUCGGCAAGACCCUGGUCAACCGGACCACCGGUCUCAAGAACGCCAACGAUGCCCUGAAGGGCCGCAUCUUCGAGGUCUCGCUCGCCGACCUGCAGAAGGAUGAGGACCACUCGUUCCGCAAGGUCAAGCUCCGGGUCGACGAGGUCCAGGGCAAGAACUGCCUGACCAACUUCCACGGCCUCGACUUCACCUCGGACAAGCUCCGCUCGCUCGUCCGCAAGUGGCAGACCCUCAUUGAGGCCAACGUCACCGUCAUGACCACCGACCACUACCUCCUCCGUCUCUUCGCCAUUGCCUUCACCAAGCGCCGCCCCAACCAGAUCAAGAAGACCACCUAUGCCGCGUCUUCACAAAUUCGGGCGAUCCGCCGGAAGAUGACUGAGAUUAUCCAGCGCGAGGCUUCGAGCUGCACCCUCACCCAGCUCACUUCGAAGCUUAUUCCUGAGGUCAUCGGCCGCGAGAUCGAGAAGGCCACCCAGGGCAUCUACCCCCUCCAGAACGUGCACAUUCGCAAGGUCAAGCUCCUCAAGCAGCCCAAGUUCGACCUGGGUGCCCUGAUGGCUCUGCACGGCGAGUCGAGCACGGACGAGCAGGGCCAGAAGGUUGAGCGGGAGUUCCGUGAGCAGGUCCUCGACUCGGUAUAAGGGUCUUGUCAUUGGGGACGCACUGGGCAGGGUUUUCAUCAACAAUACCUCACUGGGGCUUUGGGCUUGCUUUCGUUGCAUUUGGCGUGGUAUCAUGGUACAGUAGUCAAAGCAGCAAGCGGAGAAAGCUGUGUUGGACAAUUUUGACUCAGGCGUUUGCGGUUCACCAUCACCCACGGCCGCCCUCAGCCUCUUCGAACUAUCCGCUGUUUCUUCCACCCGGGACGGCGAAGUGUGAGCAUCUCAGGAACCCCAUCGGCACCACCCCUAAACAAACACCGAGACCUGGUCACAAUUCCAUUCCUGCCACUUGCGCUUGACUCUGGCGGGGAAUCGGCGCUGCUGGACUAGUAACUCGUUGCAUGUCUUUUUCU